UAAUAAGAUACAUACAUCUUCUAGCAUACAUAUUAUCUCUGGCUUUCAUCCAAACCUCUACAAAAGUAAAAUUUCUAAUGUCUAUAGGACAUAUAACCGAGGAUGGAGAUAAAGCUCUCUUUCUGCAGCAAGAAACUUCUGAAAUCAACUCUCCUCUCAUUGAAUUUCCGCCGAGUACUAAUGUUCUUGUUGUCGACUCCAAUCUCAGCACUUUACUUGAUAUGAAAGAAAUCAUGGAACGCUGCGCCUAUCAUGUGACGGCUUAUGCGGACGCGGAAGAAGCUAUUGCGUUUCUGACAAAGUGUAAACAUGAGAUUAAUAUUGUGAUUUGGGAUUAUCAUAUGCCUGGAAUUAAUGGACUCCAAGCUCUCGCAAUCAUUGGUUCAAAGAUGGAUCUUCCUGUAGUAAUUAUGUCUGGUGACGAUCAAACAGAAUCGGUGAUGAACGCAAUGGUACAUGGUGCAUGUCACUAUGUUAUGAAACCCGUUAGAAAAGAGAUCAUAGCCACCAUAUGGCAACACAUUGUACGCAAGAGGAUGAUGUCUAAACCCGGUUUAGUUCCACCUGUUGUGGUUCAUGAUGACUGUUCCAAGCAAGAGAGAGAUGAUUCCGUGACCGUAGACCAAGAUGAUAGUGAGCAGAGCAUCGAUAAGAUAGAAGAGAAAGCAACAAAGAAACGGACAAUGAUAUGUAUAGAAGAAACUCAACCAAUGCAAUCACAUUUGGUUAAGAGUAACGGUUCAGACCAAGACGACGACGAUUCCAGGAGCGUAAGCAAUUACAACAAUGAACAAAAGAUCGAUAAGAAAAAAGAGAGCUAUUUCAAGAGACCGCGGAUGUCGUGGACUGGAGAUCUUCAACAGAAAUUUCUCGAAGCCAUCGAUAUAGUUGGUGGGCCUAAAAAAGCUAGUCCAAAGGUACUUCUCAAAUGCUUGCAUGACAUGAAGAUCGAAGGACUCACUAGAAACAAUGUGUCCAGUCAUCUUCAGAAAUAUCGUCUAAGUCUUGAGGAGAACAAAAUUCCUCAACAGUUUCCAGAGACUGGUUGGUCUAGUUUGAGUAGACCUUCACCUUUCUUAGGUAUGAACAAUGGUUUCAUCGCACCAACGUCCCUUAGGAAUGGUCCAGCUGUUUACCCGGUCCAGGACAAUCAAUAUCAAAAUGGUUACUUGGCAAUGAACAACAACCAGCUCGUGACCAAUAAUAUGCCUGGUUUUCCCUACUUGGACAAUGAUCACCAUCUCCAGCAGCAGCAUCAACAACGACAAUAUCAGCUUUCUAAUCAGGUGAUGAACUGCAUGAUGAGAAAGAAUGAACCUCAACAAGCUUAUAAUGGCAUCGGUUUAACGGAUCUCGAACCAAAUAUUUAUCCAAGUUUGCCGUACGAUCCAAACGAGUUUCUAUUCGAUGGCUACAAUUUCAGUAACUGAUAUGAGCUUCUCUUUAAGACGGUCUUUGUAGGAGAUUAUUUGGUUUCUAGAAAAAUUCAAGAUUGUGAGGGAAUAAUCAAGUGACAUAAGGGAAAACUAGCAUGUCUAGUGCGUUGCAAGAAGUUUAGCUAUU